UCCGGGGAGAGGAGCUGGGGCGCGGUGAUGGCGGGGGCGCCUCCUCUGAAGCACUGGCGCACCACGCUGGAGCGAGUGGAGAAGUUCGUGUCGCCGCUCUAUUUUACCGAUUGUAACCUCCGCGGCAGGCUCUUCGGAGAAAACUGCCCUGUGGCCGCGCUCUCCAGCUUCCUGACGCCCGAGAGGCUUCCCUACCAAGAGGCAGUCAGGCAGGACUUCAGCCCCGCGCAGGUCGGCUGCAGCUUCGGACCGACAUGGUGGACCUGCUGGUUCCGGGUGGAGUUGACCAUCCCAGAGGCGUGGGUGGGCCAGGAAGUUCACCUUUGCUGGGAAAGUGAUGGAGAAGGUCUGGUGUGGCGCGAUGGGGAGCCUGUCCAGGGUUUGACCAAAGAGGGUGAGAAGACCAGCUAUAUCCUGACAGACAGGCUGGAGGAAGGAGACCCCCGAAGGUGGGUCCCCAGAGUCCUCUGCCAGUUCCUUGACCUGAGGCUGCCUCCUCGUGUUUGUAGCCUGACCCUGUACGUGGAAGUGGCCUGCAGUGGGCUCCUGGGGGCUGGGAAGGGAAGCAUGAUUGCAGCCCCUGAUCCCGAGAAGACGUUCCAGCUGACCCGGGCCGAGCUGGCCGUGUUCCACCGGGAUGUCCAUAAGCUCCUGGUGGACCUUGAGCUGCUGCUGGGCAUAGCCAAGGGUCUCGGGGAGGACAACCAGCGCAGCUUCCAGGCCCUGUACACAGCUAACCAGAUGGUGAAUGUGUGUGACCCUGCCCGGCCUGAGACCUUCCCCAUGGCCCAGGCCCUGGCAUCCAGGUUCUUUGGCCAACAUGGUGGUGAAAGCCAACACACCAUCCAUGCCACAGGGCACUGCCACAUUGAUACAGCCUGGCUCUGGCCCUUCAAAGAGACCAUAAGGAAAUGUGCGCGGAGCUGGGUGACAGCCGUGCAGCUCAUGGAACAGAACCCUGAGUUCAUCUUUGCCUGCUCCCAGGCACAGCAGCUCGAGUGGGUGAGGAACCACUACCCCGGUCUGCAUGCCCGGCUCCAGGAGUUUGCCUGCCGCGGGCAGUUCGUGCCUGUGGGGGGCACCUGGGUGGAGAUGGACGGGAACCUGCCCAGUGGAGAGGCUAUGGUGAGGCAGUUCCUGCAGGGCCAGAACUUCUUUCUGCAGGAGUUUGGGAAGAUGUGUUCUGAGUUCUGGCUGCCAGACACGUUCGGCUACUCAGCACAACUCCCCCAGAUCAUGCGUGGCUGUGGCAUCAGGCACUUUCUGACCCAGAAGUUGAGCUGGAACUUGGUGAACUCCUUCCCGCACCAUACCUUUUUCUGGGAGGGGCUGGAUGGAUCCCAUGUACUGGUGCACUUUCCACCUGGCGACUCCUAUGGGAUGCAGGGCAGCGUGGACGAGGUGCUGAAGACUGUGGCCAACAACCGGGACAAGGGGAGGACUAACCAUAGUGCCUUCCUCUUCGGCUUCGGGGAUGGGGGCGGUGGCCCCACCCAGACCAUGCUGGACCGCUUGACGCGGCUGGGCAAUACCGAUGGGCUGCCCAGGGUGCAGCUGUCUUCUCCGAAGCAACUCUUCUCAGCGCUGGAGAGUGACUCGGGGCAGCUGUGCACGUGGGUCGGGGAGCUCUUCCUGGAGCUGCACAAUGGCACCUACACCACCCAUGCCCAGAUCAAGAAGGGGAACCGGGAGUGUGAGCGGGUCCUGCAUGACGUGGAGCUGCUCAGUAGCCUGGCCCUGGCCCGCAGCGCCCAGUUCCUGUACCCAGCAGCCCAGCUGCAGCACCUCUGGAGGCUCCUGCUUCUGAACCAGUUCCAUGAUGUGGUGACUGGAAGCUGCAUCCAGCUGGUGGCAGCGGAUGCCAUGUGCCACUAUGCAGACAUUCGUUCCCAUGGCAAUGCACUGCUCAGCACUGCAGCCGCGGCCCUGUGUGCUGGGGAACCAGGUCCCGAGGGCCUCCUCAUCGUCAACACGCUGCCCUGGAAGCGCACUGAAGUGUUGGCCCUGCCCAAGCCCGGCGGGGCCCACAGCCUAGCCCUGGUGACAGUGCCCAGCAUGGGCUAUGCUCCUGUUCCUGCCCCCGCCUCACUGCAGCCCCUGCCGCCCCAGCAGCCUGUGUUCGUAGCGCAAGAGACUGACGGUUCCGUGACUCUGGACAAUGGCAUCAUCCGAGUGAGGCUGGACCCGACUGGCCGCCUGACGUCCUUGGUCCUGGUGGCCUCUGGCAGGGAGGCUGUUGCAGAGGGUGCUGUGGGGAACCAGUUUGUGCUGUUUGAUGAUGUCCCCUUGUACUGGGAUGCCUGGGACGUCAUGGACUACCACCUAGAGACACGGAAGCCGGUGCUGGGCCAGGCAGGGACCCUGGCAGUGGGCACUGAGGGUGGCCUGCGGGGCAGCGCCUGGUUCUUGCUGCAGAUCACCCCCAGCAGUCGGCUCAGCCAGGAGGUGGUGCUGGAUGCUGGCUGCCCCUACGUCCGCUUCCACACUGAGGUGCACUGGCACGAGGCCCACAAGUUCCUGAAGGUGGAGUUCCCUGCCCGUGUGCGUUGUUCCCAGGCCACCUAUGAGAUCCAGUUUGGGCACCUGCAGCGGCCCACCCACUACAACACCUCUUGGGACUGGGCUCGAUUUGAGGUAUGGGCCCACCGCUGGAUGGAUCUGUCAGAGCACGGCUUCGGGCUGGCCCUGCUCAACGACUGCAAGUAUGGAGCGUCAGUGCGAGGCAGCGUCCUCAGCCUCUCGCUCUUGCGGGCGCCUAAGGCCCCCGACGCCACUGCUGACAUGGGACGCCAUGAGUUCACCUAUGCACUGAUGCCACACAAGGGCUCCUUUCAGGAUGCUGGAGUUAUCCGUGCUGCCUACAGCCUCAACUUCCCCCUGUUGGCGCUACCAGUCCCGGGCCCAGCGCCCGCCACCUCCUGGAGUGCCUUUUCCCUGUCCUCUCCUGCCGUGGUGUUGGAGACUGUCAAGCAGGCGGAGACCAGCCCCGAGAGCCAGACCCGCGCGCUGGUGCUGCGGCUGUAUGAGGCCCACGGCAGCCACGUGGACUGCUGGCUGCACACCUCGCUGCCCAUUCAGGAGGCCAUCCUCUGUGACCUCCUGGAGCAGCGAGAUCCUGCUGGCCACCUGCCCCUUCAGGACAACCGCCUGAAGCUCACCUUUUCUCCCUUCCAAGUGCAGUCCCUGUUGCUCGUACUUCAGCCUCCACCAGACUGAGUCCCUAGCGGUGGGGUUUUGUUUGUGGAAGGGUGGGAGGCUUUGGGGACUCCUCAUUGCUGCCUCCCCAGCCUGAAGCACGGAGCAGUCACCUCUUGUGUAAUAAAGCCUCAGAUCAGGAA